AUGGACAUUGGCCAACUUAAUGGUGUGAUAUUUCUUGAUUUAAAAAAAGCAUUCGAUACUGUUAAUCACGACAUCCUUCUUAGUAAGUUGGCAAUUUAUGGCAUAAGGGGGUCGGCAUUACGCUGGCUCAACUCCUAUUUAACAGGUCGAAUACAAUAUUGCCAAGUGAAUGCCCAUUUAUCUGAUCCUCUAUGUGUGACAACGUGUAUACCACAAGGUUCGGCUCUUGGUCCACUCUUGUUCCUAAUCUACAUAAAUGACCUACCUAAUUGUCUGGAACACACUAAAGUCAAUAUGUUUGCCGACGAUACCCAAAUUGAAACGGCAGGUUAUGAUGUUAAUACAAUUGCUGAGGAACUUAAUCAAGAUCUAGAAAACGUUUCAGUUUGGUUGUCGGCAAAUAAACUAACUUUAAACAAAACGAAGACAGAAUACAUGAUAAUAGGUAGUAAUAGAAGAGUCAAUCAUAUUAACAUAACGCCUAAUAUAUUCAUAAAAGACAGAUAAAUUAAUAGAGUCAAAACGACCAAAUCACUCGGCUUAAUGAUUGACGAAACACUCUCAUGGAAUGCUCAAGUUGAUCAAAUUACAAAAAAGGUUAAUUCAGGUCUCAGUAUCCUUAAAAGAUUGAGAGACAUUCUAGAUUACCAAACACUGAUCAAAAUUUAUUUAUCAAUAAUUCAACCACAUUUCGACUAUUGCUCACAGAUUUGGGGUUGUCUGGGUAAAGUACUAUCUGAUAAACUCCAGAAGCUUCAAAAUAGAGCAUUUCGAAUAAUAACUCGUGAAAACUAUGAUACACGUACAAUCGAUGUUUUGAACAAGGUCGGUUUUCCAAAUCUCGUGACUAGAAGAAAACGUCAUUUAGCCGUCCUAAUGUUCAAAGCCAAACAUAACAUGUUACCAAAUUGCUUAACGGAACUUUUCAUCACCUCAAAUGAAAUACAUAAUUACAAUACAAGACAGAGCGAAUUCAAUUUUGCAUUACCUAAACCUAAAACUAAUUUUAUGAAAAAGUCUUUCGCCUAUCGAGGAGCUGAGACUUGGAAUAAUCUGUCUGCUGACAUAGCUCAGUUGGAAGAGCAUUGGGCUAGUAUUCCAAAGGUCGUAGGUUCGAAUCCCACCGUGGCCGGGCAUAUUUUUCAAGCUCGCCCGGUGUGGAUAUACACUCAGAGUAACACCACAAAUAUCAUAUUCACCUGAGUACACUACACCAACACAGAAAAAAAAAGAAAAAAAAAAGUAAAAAAAAAAAGUAUCUCUACAUUUAAAAAUAGUCUAACUGUAAGUGUGUAAUUUGUGUGUAAUUUAGUUAUUAUUAUUAGAUACUGUAGUAUAUGUGUAAUUAGUAUAGCUAUAUACGGCCUAUUGGAAGAUCACCCGUCUUAAUUUUUGUAAAUAUCUUGGUGAAAUAGUACCGUUUUUAAUAAAGUCAAUAAAGUCAAUAAAGUCAACCCGCAUGCUGAACGCGACGCGGGGAACGCGGAACACGAACCGCGGCGGUGUGGAUGUUAAAUAGCACCACGUUCAUGUUUGACCGAUCAGACAAACCCAGGGCGGCGGCGUCGCGGCGAAAAGCCUCGUCGUAAUUGCGCCAGGCGACACCCCCGAAUUGCGAAUACGUUCGCAGAAUCAUAUUUUGGUAUUUUCAGCGAUCGAGUAAACGAUAUUAUCUGACGAAUUCUGCAACGAUUGUGAUACUUCUGGCACAGGCGAAGAGGAAACAAACGCCAUUGAGUCAACGGUUGAAACAGAUGAUCCAGAUUCACGAGGAAUUAAAAGAGGCAUCAGUGAUGCUCGAAGUGUUUGGAACGACUAA